GACCUGAUGGAUGGCGGACAUCAACAUCAGACUUAAACUAGAUUUAAGGAAAGUAUUGAGGUCCGUGUGUGCGCCCUUAGUUACAAUUUCCAACGACGCUACAACAUAGGUGCGUUGUCUGGAACAGAAGAAGGAGAGAGAGAUAGAGAGGGAGAGUGAAGUCUGGAGUGAGAGAAACAGAUUAGGAGGAAGAAAAAGAAUGGGAAGAUCCACUUCUUGUUUCAAAAUAAUCACAUGCGGUGGCGGUUCAGCUGAUAAAGAUGAUCUCCAAGCUCCUGAGAACAAGAAUUCAACUGAGGGCUGCGGAUGGAGUUUCCGGAAGAGAUCUGUCCGUCAUCGAGUUCUAAGCAACACUAUCAUCACUGAAGCCUCUUAUUCUGCAAAUAAGGAGAGCACAGAAUCUGCCAGUCUUAACUUCCAAUCGCCUGAUACUUCCACUGUUCCAGAUAAAAUCUCUGUGAUACAAUGCACUGAUGAGAAGCCACACUUGUCAACUUUUGCAGACUCAAAAGUAUCUGAGACUUUUGUUGUUGCCAUGGAUGAAAGUGAAGUUGAUGCCCAACUUGAAGAGUCUGUUGUUAUUGUCAUACAGGCUGCUGUCCGAGGCUGUCUGGCCCAAAGAGAACUUAUCAAACUGAAGAACUUAGUUAAGUUGCAAGCUGUUGUUCGGGGGCACUUAGUCCGGCGGCAUGCUGUUGGAACCCUACGAUGCAUACAAGCCAUUGUCAAAAUGCAAGCACUUGUUCGUACUCGCUGUGCUCGUUUGAUGCAAGAAGGGUCAUAUACGGAAGAGAAGAUAGAUGGGAAGCAUGAGAAGGCUAUUUUAAAGACCUCGGGGAAAGGAAAUUCAAUAACCAAGCCAGAUAUAGCUUACACUUCCAUUGAGAAGCUGCUUAGCAAUAGGUUUGCUCGCCAGCUAAUGGAAUCAACACCAAAGACGAGGCCUAUCCACAUCAAGUGUGAUUCUUCAAAACCAAAUUCUGCUUGGAACUGGUUGGAGAGGUGGAUGUCCGUUUCAUCAACAGAACCAACUCCAAAACCAGAGUUAACAACUGAGCAGCAAUUGGAAAUAGAGAAAAGUGGGGAUGUGGUUACUGAAGUGGAAGCUGCAGUUCCAUCUGAAGGUUUUUGUGAGUCGAAAGAUUCAAAGUCCAAUAUACAGGAAACUAUUCUGCCUUCUGAAACUGAAGAUAAUUUGGUAACUUAUGAUGCAGAUGACUUUAAGUUUCAGGAACACCAUCUAACCUCUUCUUUAGUAGGAGAUAAUUCAGAGCAGCCUCAGCCCAAGAAUAUUAGUGCAUCUGAUGCAAAAGAGCCAUCAAUAGACACAAAUUCUCUCCCAAAUCAAACAAUGGAAUCUGAUGUAAAUUGUCAAAUGGAAAUUUCUUGUAAGGCAGAAAUAGAAGGUGAACAAACUGAUCAACCCAAACGAUCUAUGAAAAGGUAUGCCUCUGAACAGCCAGAGACUGAAGGAAAGAAGUUUGUAUUUGGAUCAAGAAAAGUUAGCAAACCUGCAUUUAUUGCUGCUCAGUCCAAGUUUGAGGAACCAAGUUCAACAGCUAAUUCAAAUAGAUCACUCAGUUCAUCAUAUCAAGAUGGUGGAGUUGAAUCAAAUAUGGACACAAUUUCAUGUGGGACAGACACUGUAAUGAGGACAAAAGCUCUCAACAUGGUAGAAAACUCAGUCCCUAAUAAUUCGAGGGCUCAAUAUGGUGGCUCUGAAUGUGGUACUGAACUUUCUGUUACUUCCACUCUUGAUUCACCUGAUGUAUUUGAAGUUGGAGCAGCAGAAUGUGAUCAUGAAGCCAAAUCUACAGAGAAAGAAAAUCCUAAGAGCACAGAAGAUGUAGUUGUCGAAGUCAAGAAUGCAUCUACUGAUCUGGUGUCAAAUUUGUCCGACCGUAUAAUGAUUCAACCUGAGCAACUUGAUAGUGUCAUAGGUGAAGCUGCGGAUUCAAUUGUAGCUACAGAUUCCCGGCAUAUUGAGAUGAAGCCAGAGAGAAGUGCUUCUGAUGUUCAAAGAGAACUGGAUUCUGAGGCAGGUGGUCCAACAUAUAGGUCAAGCCCAGAAGCUUCUCCGAGAAGCCAUAUAGCUGUUCCAGAAUCCCAAGGAACACCUUCUAGUCAGGUUUCCUCAAAAGAUAAAAGGAACAAGGCAGACAAGAGUGCUUCAAACCAAAAACGCAAGUCCAUUUCAGAAAGUAAGCAAUCUCCAACAAACCCAAAUCAUGAUUCUGGUGCAAGAAGUAGCGUGGAACAAAUGCCUAAAGACCAGAGGAAUGGGAAGAGGCGCAAUUCUUUUGGUUCAGCAAGACCCGAUCCCACUGAUCAAGAACCUAGAGAUGAUGGUAGUAGUAGUAGUAGUUCUCUCCCUCAUUUCAUGCAAGCCACUGAAUCAGCUAGAGCCAAGAUCCAGGCAAAUAACUCACCAAGAUCAAGUCCAGAUGUGCAGGACAGAGAUUACAUCAAGAAGAGACAUUCUUUACCUGGUGCAAAUGGAAGGCAGGGUUCUCCACGCAUCCAGCGAUCAAUGUCUCAAGCACAGCCUGGUGCAAAGGGAAAUGGCAGCCAUGUAAUUCACGAAAAAAAAUGGCAGAGGUGAGAGAAUUCAAGGUUGAUGAUGGGCACAAAAAUGGUAAUUAAACCGUCAAGGAAAAACUCAGGAGUUGAUUGUUGAUCUACCUUGACAGGUUUUUCUUUUCACAUGGAUGGCAUUUUAGUGGCAUGCUGGAGAUGAGAAGUUUCGUGGGGAAAGGAGAUAUAUAGAAGUGUAUAAGGAUUUCUUGUAUAUUAUAGCAUCCAAAGAAGUUGACAUUAUUUGCAAACUUUUUUUUUUAAUUAUGUUGGAGAUGCGGUUGUGUGUUUGUUGCAUAUUAUUCUGGGUGAUAUUAUUGAGGCUUGUUAAAACAUGUUUUGGUUUAUGUAUAUGGAACCGAGUAUGGAGAGCUUCAAAAUGCUGCCUCUGGUUUUGCCUUCUCUAAUAAAUUCUUUUUAUUUC